GGCUACAACCAUGUCAAUGAAGAAUCCAGUUGGUUUAAGAUUGAUGAUGUUUAUGCUGUUUGUGGUGUCGCAGGUUGUUAAUGGAGAACAGCACAUCAGAUGCCUUCCAAAGGAGAGGGAAGCACUCCUCCAAUUCAAGGCUGCCAUUGUGGAUGAAUAUGGCAUGCUAUCAUCUUGGAGCACUCCUCACUGCUGCCAAUGGGAGGGGAUUCGCUGCAGCAACCUCACCUCCCAUAUUAUAAGCCUCGACCUUCAUGGAGAUAUAUAUGAAGAAAGUCUCCACCUUCACGGAGACUUUUACCAAUAUCGCUAUCUGAGCGGAGAGAUCCACAAGUCGUUGAUGGAGUUGCCACAAUUACAGUAUUUGAACCUCAGUUCUAAUUAUUUUCCAGACACUCACAUCCCAGAGUUUCUUGGUUCUCUCAAAAACUUGAAAUACCUUGACUUGUCUAAUUGUGAUUUUGGCGGAAGAAUUCCAAGUGAAUUAGGCUCUCUUUCUAAUUUGGAAUACUUAAAUCUUGCUUAUAAUUCUCUGAACGGUUCAAUCCCUUAUCAGCUUGGAAAUCUCUCCCAAUUGCAGCAUCUUGAUCUCAGUCACAAUCUUUUAGAAGGAAAUAUAUCUCCUCAACUUGGAAAGCUCUCCCAGUUGCAGCAUCUUGAUCUCAGUUGGAAUGAUUUUCAAGGAAAUAUAGCACCUCAACUUGGAAAUCUCUCCCAAUUGCAUGAGCUCUAUCUUGGAAAUUUCGAUAAUCUCAAAAUUAGUGACGGAGGUACUUGAAACUCAUCUUCUUGUACGACUCCACCUUUGAGCUUGUUAAGCUUGGACAAAGCAAUGAUUUCAUUAAAUUAUUAACGUCAUUAAGCACUGUGUUUGCAGUGAAAAAUAAAUUGUCAUACAUAUUAUUAACAAUUCACUCUUCUUUUUCUUAUCAUCCAA